AUGCGUCUCCAACUGCCAGCACUCCUCCUCCUUGCAUCGACAACUCUGUCGGUCGCAAGUCCAACUUGGCAAGCGUUCCAAGAACGGGCACAGAGCUCUGGAGGGAAGCAAGCUCCUCAGCAUACCUCGUCUAGACCAAAAAUCUCCUACUAUCCGAAAACACCUCACAGGUGCCCACCGUCUCCUCCUUCAAGAAACAGGGUUUGUUAUGUCAAGAGCCACAAUGAUGGCGUCAGUGACGAUGCGAAAUAUGUCAUGGAUGCUCUGCACUCUUGCAACAAUGGUGGCCAUGUAGUCUUCAAGGAGGGUGUUAAAUAUACCAUCGGCACCGCUCUUGAUCUGACAUUUUUGAACCACAUUGAUAUUGACAUCCAAUCAUAUAUUCAAUUUACCAACGACACAACGUACUGGCAAGCCCAUUCAUUCCCCUUUGUAUUUCAGAACGUCACGUCGUUCUUUAAGCUUGGGGGCAACGACGUCAAUAUCUAUGGAGGCGGAACUAUCGAUGGAAAUGGCCAAGUCUGGUAUGAUGCUUAUGCCGCCAACAUCUAUACACUGCGUCCCGUUUUGAUUGGCAUCGAUGGACUUAAGAACUCGAUCAUAAGUGACUUGGUAUUAAGAUAUUCGCCCGAAUACUACUUCUUUGUGGCAAACUCUACCAACGUGGUAUUUGAUGGGAUCGACAUUGCAGGUGGAAGCAAGUCCAAGAACCUGGCGAAAAACACGGAUGGAUGGGACACAUACAGAAGCUCAGACAUUGUCAUCCAGAACUCGGUUGUCAAUAACGGAGAUGAUUGCGUUUCAUUCAAGCCAAAUAGCACAAACAUACUAGUGCAGAACAUGUUCUGUAAUGGAUCUCACGGUAUCUCAGUUGGCUCCCUUGGCCAGUACGUUGGUGCGUACGAUAUUGUCGAGAAUAUCUAUGUUUUCAACACAUCUCUACACAAUUCCACUGACGGAGCACGCAUCAAAGUCUGGCCAAAUUCCCCAACAGCAUUCAGUGGCGAUUUACAAGGAGGUGGUGGCGAUGGCCGAGUCCACAACAUUACUUACGACGGAAUGAUAAUUGAUAAUGUGGACUACGCUAUCGAAGUCGACCAAUGCUACGGCCAAAAGAACUUAACUCUCUGCUUGGAAUUCCCGUCGCCGUUGACGAUCACGGAUAUCGUUUUCAAGAACUUCCAAGGCAAAACAAGCAGCAAAUACCAACCACAGAUUGGAACAUUUGCGUGUUCUAGCGAGAAUGUCUGCAACAAUAUUGUCGCCUCGAACAUCGAUGUUCUCAGUCCAAUUGGUACCGAUCAGGCGUACUGCUUAAACGUGGACCAGACAACUUUGGAUGUGGAGUGCACCACAGUCUUCAAGGGCUUCAACUAA